CUGAAUGGUUUUAACAGUGUACACUUUUCUCAAAUUUGCUGCAUAUUCGGCUGCCGUCGCAUUUCGAACAAACCUAGGAACAAAAACCAAAUAAAAACCUAAAUAAUAUAGCUCAAAAUCUAAACAUAAAAUACAUAAAAUACAAAUCACACGGAUUCACACCUAUCAAGCCAAAGCGUCCAGGCCGUAUUUAAAGGUAAACCACUCUUGUCCACAGACGAGAUUUGCUCCAAAAAUUUCCGAGUUAACUUUGGAGAGUUAAACGCUUCUGUUAGGAUCGUUCUUGACGGCGAGGAAGAUAGAGGCACCGGGGAAAUAUCGGAAAAGUCAAGAGAACCAGGUGGUACCGCCAUUUUCGGGAACGAAGGCGAAUACAAAGCGAUAAUAACAUAAGUGUCAAAUGACAAUCCAGGGAGGGGUGGCUUUUCACUUCUCUUUGACAAGUCGCCAAUCUACAUGUUGAUUCAUGAUAAAUGAAGACGCUUUUCUUUCAAAAAUACGCUUUGAAUUUUAGUUUUAAUGCCUGUACAAUAAACUAAAAAUGCUUAUUGUAUGUUAAUAAUGAAUUCAAGCGUAUCAACGCUUUAUUUAAACGCGACAAGAUCGACUACAUCAACUACUUUGGCUAACACAACGAUGGCAGCCAGAGAAGACACAGUGGCUGUGAAAUGCGACCUCACGGACACUUUUGGAUUUUUUAUACAAGGAUUGUUAGCUGUGGUCGCUUUUAGCACGCUUAUUUGUAAGUUAUAGUAAUGUUUAUCAUAACAUUUUCUUGAAUUUCAUUGAAAUAUUCAUAUAUUAAUACACGUAUUUCAAUGGGUUUAUAUUAGGCGGACAUUUAGCAUAUUAAAGUUAGAUUCCCUUUAUCAAAGUAAUCAAACAUUGGAGCAAUUUAAUAUCUCUGUCUUUUAUCAGGUUUUUUAUAAACUUUUAAAUAUUAAUUUAAAAGGAAAUAGGAAUUCUUUUUGGCAAUACUUUUUAUUGUAGUAGAUAAAUAUUUACCUUGCACUUGUAUACUCGUUCCCCAACUAUAGGCGAUGAACAAUAAUAUAUCGUUGUUUCAUUAAUUUUCUGUCCUUUUCACAGUAAAAAGAUUUAGAGAACCUAAGAAUCUAAGAAGACCUCUUCAAAUCUGGUAAAUAAUAAAAUAUGUAGAAGUUACAUCUAAAAUUCAUGUUGGAUGGCUCUACCAGUCCUAAACUGUUCUCCCUUGAGGUCCAGUAAAAGCAAUUCUUACUGGUCUAGUGUUACUACAGCUUGAAAGCAGGAAAAUAUUUGGUUUGGCAAAUGUUUGGUGGCAUUCUUCCAACAAACCAGAAAGCAUUGUUCUCACAUGCAAAAUUAAUUAGAUAAAGUUCUGCAUAUCGCACAAAUCGAACCAGCUACCAGAGGGUAUCUACAUAGUAUUUUGUAUAUGUUCAUAGGUUCUACGACACCUCAAAACAAGCUAUUGGCGCACUUGUUAUACAUUUUGCAAACGUCUACUUGUCAACAUUAUUCAAAGGCGAUCCUUGUACAUGGUAUGUCACCAUUCAUAAAAUCAGAACAGUAUUGAACCCCCCUUAACAAGAUUUUACUGAAGCACUUAUUUCCAUUUCUAGGUAUUUUAUCAACUACCUUUUAGAUUCAACCAUCGGCUUGUGUUUAAUCUACAUAUUUCUUCAAAUUUCUCAAUUUAUUGUGCAUUGUUACAAAUGGGAUACUCUUAUAUUGGGAGAGUAUGGUAAGAUAUGAUGCAAUGAUUUACUUUAAAAUUGUAGUUUUCAAGUAAACGUCACAGUACAGCAGAUGAGGUCAACUGCAGAAAUGUUGACAACUGGUUACUAGUUGAUCGCGACCACCGUCUGCUGCACAAUCCUGUUUACUGAAACCUGCCCUUGGCCAAGAAAAGUUGAGAAAACAUUUCUAUGAAACUUGUCAUUUCUAGGAAAACCACCUCAAUGUGAUGCAUGGAUUGGCCAAUGUGGUCUCUACAUCCUAAUAAUGAUCCUUGAGAAAAUUGCGAUAGCAUUGUUAGUCAUGUUGGACUUCUGGCACGAUGUCCGUCGGUUUAUUUUAAAACCAGUUCGGAAAUAUCCAAAAGUGGAAGUGGCUUUAGUUAUGCUGAUUGUCCCUUUUAUAAUAAAUGUAAGUUUGGAAUUCCUUCUUUAAUUUCUAAUAUAAACCUUUCUAAUGUACUGGCCAGUUGGGUUUUGGUGUGAAAAAUAUUUCUAGCUGGAAACAUUUUUUAAAACACUUUUCAGAGCCUUUGUCAGAAGGUUCGUCUUCCGUAAUUCAGGCACAAAAACAACAGCUUCUUGUAGAAUUCUACCCAUACUGGACCCCACCAACCACCUCUAUUUUGUCCCUUCGUUCGAAACGUUAAAGUUCUCUUUGUAUUUUUCAGGUAGUUACAUCCAUAUCAAUCUCAAGUUCCCUUUAAACAACGCCUUUUGUGGCAUCAUAAAAAUGUAAAACCUUUCUUUUUCAGGCAAUUAUGUUUUGGGUUGUUGACAACUUUCUAAUGCGUAAAGCAAAGAAGAGUCGUGAAACAAACGAGACUGGCCGGGUACAGUUCUCGAGAGUAAACUCAUCAAACACCGAAGAAGUCGAGGUUCUUUUAGAUAAUUCAGACAGCGAACAUUUAACUCACAGAGGUCAUGAAGCUUGAUGCCUUACAUAUGUACAUAGUUUGAUAACUGUUUUAUAGUUAGUGUUUAAAUGAACCUUAACUUGCCACAAGCCUGGGCAGGAAUGUGUUUAUAUGAACUUUGACUUGCUACAAGUUGACUGCCAUGGAGAAAGGAGUGUGCAUGGUCGCAAACUAGAUGUGACGUAAAAUAAGGUUCUGCUAUUCCUUAGGAGAGUGAUUAUCUAUUUGAAAUCUUUUUAAAAAGUAUAAAAAAAAACCAUUCCAAAUUGGACAAAGCAAAUGUCACUGAGUUCAUAUCAUUCAUAUAGAUUUGGAAGUGUGUUCUUAUUAAUAAAUAAAAGGAUAUGAUCGUUUUAUUUCUGGUGCUUCUUUAAUUGCAGUUUGAUUGAGAGAUGGUCAUUUUUCAUUUGUAGAUUGCAACAUCAUCAAUAAAUUAGAAGGAUCAUUUGAUUAAUUUGUGAGAUCUUGCAUACUGUGUAGUUUUUCUGUUUCUUCUUUUAAUUCUUGAAAUCUUUCUUGUAUUCUGUCAGUUAUUCUCUUUCUCGCUCCAAUCUGAAUAAGAAGUUGAUAAGAAAGUUCAAACCCCAUACUUUUUAGAAAUUAAAUUUAACAUUCAACUUACUGCAGUUUCCUUCAGUUCCCGAUAUUCAGUAAUAAUGUCGUUGAAAAACAUUGGUUUGCCAAUAUUGAUUGUGACAUGCUGCAAUUAAAAUAAGGUAAUUAAAGAAUCGUUGACGCUUGUUGAAAUGCUCAGAUUAAUUACAACAAAAUUCAAAUGACCAAUACCUUCCCAAUUCUUGGUAUGUACGGCCUCUUGUUUGGUAGAACAUCGUCAAGUCCUAUUUAUAAAAGUCAGACUAUGAACCACAGGAAGUUAUUAUGGUAAGCCACAGAUGAUACCAUACCUAAUUGCCAGAAUGGAAUGACUAUUGGCACUUUAGAUGACUCUGCAAUCAAUCGACCAACACC